AUGGCGAGGAAGCCUAAAAUGUUAAAUAUUCUAGUGACCGACAAUGAAACCAAGCGCAUCAUCUCUUUUCAGAAGGGAGGGGAGGUCAAGGAAUUUCGCCAUCUUUUUCUGGAAGCCCUUCUAGAUGUGUUAUUAGACAAAGUUGCCCCGGCAAAUUUUAAGUUCCAGCGAUAUGCUGACAACUUCGAAGAAUGCGUAGAUGUUAAUAACAACGAAAGGUUUGAUGAGGACGAAUUAAAACUUCUAGCCUUGGUAUCUAAACGAGAAAAACAGGUGAAUGUUCAUUCCCCAUUGGAAGGGGGGUGGGGUACUUCCGUGUGAAACUGGGCAUGACUCGCGUUGGUAAAUUCUCCCCCCUCCCCUCCAAAAAUAACAAUUCUGGGCAUGGCUCAAGCAUUGUUUAAAUACAAGAAGAAUUCAUUCUAACACAGACAGCCAAAUUCACGUCGAUUUUAGUUGCGAUAAAGAAGUUGUCAUUAAAUGUGUUCCUCUUGAAUUUAUUUCCCUUUUCGUCUUUCUCUUACCUUACGUUUUCAUGCCCAGAUCUAAGCGAUACCAAGACUGAGACGAGAAGACAAGCAGCCGAGCCAUUUCAUGAAAGUUUCUCCCCUGGGAGAGGGGUGUUAAUUCUAUCUUUUAUUGCUUAAAAGCCCAAAAAACAGACCUUAUAUAAUCCAAUCCAUAACUUCGUUGGAUUCAACAAAGCCGUAUGCUGUUGGGCGAUGUUGCAUUGGCUUCAAACAAAACCCAAUACACUCCAACAUCUUGCAUGAACUGUUAAAAUCGGAGCAAUUCAGACCGAAUUAAUUUUCAAAACUAUUAAACACUAAUGUGGAGUCAUUGCUCUGCUUAUCAAAAUGUUUAUAACGAUUGCGCAUGCGCAAAUCCAACAUUUUUUAGACAGCUGUCGAAAGCCUCCCAACAUGUUUCUUUUUAGUUCGAGGCAUGGUCCAUCGACCGUGAGAACAAAAGUUGGAUGAAAAGUUUGAACUUAUCACUGACCUGAUCAAGCUGUCAAAAAGGCAUUAACUCAGUUGGGAGAAGUACCGGUCUGCUGAGCGGGAGGUCGUGGGUUCAAACCCCGGCCGGACCAACACUCAUGGUUUUUAGAUAACUGAGAGGAAAAUGCUGCCUUUGUAAUGACAUCUGCAAAUGGUUAGACUUUCUAGUCUUGUCGGAUAAGGACGAAAAACCGUAGGUCUCGCUUCACAGCACUUUCACUUAUCUGGUUCUUAUGGGACAUAAAAGAACCCACGCCACUGUUCGAAAAGAGUAGGGGACGUAGACCCCGGUGGUGUCGCCAACCUUUCCGGCAUGGGCUGGUUGGGUUAUCUGUAAGGAGAGAUCUUAAUAUAGAGAUAACCUUAUACCUCUUUCUCAGGUGUCGUGAUGGCUACCUGCAAACAGUGUAUAAGUAUUUUUGUUUUUGUCUUCAGGAGCACAUACUAUCCACUCGUUAUAGGGAUGUUUCCUCCAGCGCUGCGCCAAUUUGAAAACCAAGUAGAAGCAGAAGUAGCAGUAGAAGUCGCUGAGUUUCGAUCUUAUUUUCUCUUAGAUCAUGUUCACAUGUUCACUAUUCCCGUAUAUGACUAUACUUGAGAGCGAUAAUGUCGGAAUUUCGGCAUUGUUUUAGAAAAACUUAAAUUAGAUUAACUAUGUAAAUGUUAAAACUUGAUAUCCACUUUGCUUCUUGUAGAACCUGAAGUGAACAAACAGGAGCAACAAUGUCCCAAAACUUAUUGCGUUUUAUAAUUCGUCACAAAUCAUCGACCGGUGGAAAUAUGGUAAGGUGCAGGGGCGUAGCCUGAGGUUUAGACGGUGUACGCACGCGGGGAAGAAAAGUUGUAGCGCACAUGCGAAGACGACUCAACCUAGAGGGGUUUGGGGGUAUGCUCCCGCAGAAAAUGUUUAAAUUUAGGGUCUCGGAAAUGCCAUUUCCAGCGUUUUCCACACGAUAUUUUCAGUUAAUAAAUACGCAAGAAAAAUCCAGUAGUCAGUUGUUUGUUUUACCCAUCCCUAGUGUUGUCUGUAAGGUAGAGUGUUUACAGGAAAAAAAGGCCAGUGACGCCAUCAGAUUAUGGAACAACCAAAAGCUAAAGAAAAUACUAACGCAAAGAUACCAAUAUAUUUAAUAAUUAAAAAUACUUUUUCAAAAGAUUUUUUUUUCCUUAUUUCAACCUUACACUUACGCACGGCGUAUGUGGGUAUAUGGACGCUACGCUCCUGAGGAAAGAGCGCAGAAAUUCCAUACGGAUGACGUGUCACUACCCUGGGAACGAGGUUGAUCUAGGCUUCUUAUUGGAUGAAGCAAGUUUUCAACUUAUGAGGCACAACCUAGAUCUGCGUAGCGACACGUCAUCAGUAUGGAAUUUCUGCGCUUGUUCCUCAGAAGUCAUUUCCCGGGGAAACCAGAGGUGACGUAGCGAAAUUUUAGCUAUUUUUUCAGGCUACCUGACUGUUGGACUAGAGAUUGAAGGUGACCUUAAAAAUAUCUCGGCCAAUAUAUAAGCUGGUACCAACAUGAUGGACAAGCUAAUUCUAAUAUUACUAUUUAAUAUUUUAUAACUCAUAAUAAUCUUUUAUAUUAAUAUUCUGCAGUUUAGAAGUUUCCAGAUGCCUAUUACUAAGAUGUUAAACUUUCAUGGGCAACACGAUGGUGCGAAACGCUUGAUUUCUUUCCAGAAAGGAGGAUAUCCUUGGCCUUCAGCCUAUAACCGCAAUUUUAUGGUAAAUGUUUAAAGUUACAAGACUGAAAUACCUUAUGCGAACUUGAGUCUCUACUUUAGAAAUUGACAGAGGACCCCUCUUAUCCAAACCCGCGUCCAUUUGAGAAGCAGUAUAGACGGCGAUAGAGAAAUAGUGGAGUCAGAAAAGAAGUCAAUUUACCUUCAAUAAAUUAUAUGUGGGCGAAGAUAACGCACAACUAGAGUGAUCAGUGCGAAGUUUAGAAUCGGCCCUUUCGCAUCGGAAAUUAGUCUCCUGAAUAUACCCGUCGGACGCGCAAUAAAGAGAUUGAAGUAAAAAAAAGAGGGACGUUCAAUAAAGACAACAAUAGCAAGAAAUAUUUAUUGUAAAAGUUGUGCCGCGCUCUCUAAAGAGAAUUGGAGGCUCUAUGUGAAUUUUCAGUCGAAAACAGAAUCGAAAAUGAUGAUAUUAGCGCAGAUGAAACCGCCAAUAACCAAUCUGAACCUAGAUAAGCUUAUAACAUAACCGAAAUUGUAUAACUAUGUAGUUAAGCGUGAAUCAGAUAUCUUGAAAACAACUUUGUCGGAGUAGCAAACGCAAGCCGCAAGUGCUCUGAUGUCUAUAAAAUUUCGCGCGCGACUAGCUGGCUUCUCAAUGUUGUCAGCUGUUCAAAGCGACAGCGAAUUUUUUUUUUCAUGGCAACCUUUGUUUCGACAAAGACAAUGACUUCACUCCAACUGUGCGCUAACUUUAAACUUUUAACUUUAUAUUUUCAAACUUAAAAGUCCGCAACUUAAUCGAGUCACAUUUUCGCGAAAAAGCUAUCCACUUGUAGGUAAGGCCUUUGUCUUAAAUAAUCCGCUCUAUAAUCUGAAGAUUUGUGAUUAUUUUUGAAGAAAUACGAUGUUUAACUUGGACAAGGGUCAUUUUCUAUACUGAAAAUACUGUAAAAAGCCUGAUUUUCAGUGUUAAAAGUCUGUACCCAAUUCUCAUUUAUUUUACUUAGAAUUUAGUUGGAAUGAUAGAUUAAUCCUUUAACUUAAAGAAUCCGCUCUAUAAUGUUAAAGAAUUCAUCUUUUUAACUCCCAAAAUGACGAUUUUAGUCACUCUGCUACUCCAAAAUCGCCUGCUUUCUCUAUUAUUAUGCCGCUUUCUUGGCACAUUCAUGCCUGAUUAGCCCACCUCAAUGCCAUUUAUCCCGAUGUGAUCAAGUUUGGGCACAAAAUUAGACCUGCUAGACAUUUAUCAUGUUGUAAAGGAGGUCAUAUUGUCCACUUAAAAAGGACCCGUAUCUCAGACAGGUUUCCUUGAUGUAAAUCACUAUUCUCAAACUCGCAUACAACUCAAAACUCAAAGAUAAAGGGAAUCAUUCAUUAAAAAAAAAAAAAAAAAAAAUGCAAUUUUCUUAGUGAAGUUGUUUAAAAAAAUCAAAAAAGUGCUUCAUCUCAAAAUAAAAAAUUCCGUCCCACAUUUCGCUAUGCGGUGCCGUUAAACUCUCUUCUUGCUUUUGAUGCGUAAUUAAACAUUAUGCAUUAUGUUGAAUAGAAUUAAUCACGGACAGAAAAUUACAGGAUUAUAGAAACAGGGCAGAAAAUAUUAACCCGCAACUCCGUAAACCACAGGGUGAAUUGGUAAAAGAUUUCUGGGAUCCGUGUUUUAGGUACUCAUCAAAAACGUUGGAUUUUAAUAGCUGCCUCCGAUACCAUCGACCAAAGCCCCAAAAAGACCCUAUGCAGUUUAUGAAGUGACGAAUAUUACUAUCUGACUUCCGUUGUAGAAAGAAACAUCGAAGGCAAGUGGGGGAGAGGCGACACCGAACCACCCUCAUCCUCAUCCUCAUCCAGGACCACAUGUACACUGGGUUUUUCCUUGGAUUCAUGUACAUAACGAGGGUGCGAUAGUCUUCCCGCAAACACAUCUCUUUUCUGCUCUACAGUUCAGCUCACCCAUUAAGCCUCACCCAGUUGAACCGGACACCGAUUAUCGGAUGUGGAGUCCUGUUUGCAGGCAGAGUGACGGCUUGGUGCAGCGUGAUCCAACUAACAACAAUGUGAAUUGUAAAGGAGCCUUCGGUGAUACAACAGGCAGGAGUAAGUGUUCUUUAUGACAUCCUUUUCGUGAUCUUUCUUGUCCUUUCUCAUGUGUUUGUCCAAUGUGUUUUUUUAAUGUCACAUAAAAUAGUAGUAUCUCUACACAGUCAGGCGUUUUUAGACGACACUAAAAACGGCUGUGUAGCAGACUAAUAAAAUAGACCUUACUAUACUCGCCAUCUUUGCACGCGCUUUUUGACCGAUGGGAUAAAAGCAAUGUAAUGUGUUAUUUCAUGGGGAAAACAAGUGAUCAAAUUUACUAGUACGAAUAAUCAAGGUCGAUGAAUUUUUUAUUCUCUCAAAAGGAGACGACGGGAACGGCGAGUCAUGCAAAUUGUACAGUCCGAUUGUUACGUCAUUAUUGCUUGCUAUUAGGGCAUAACACUGAUUACUUCCACCCUUAUUUUGCCAUUAUCGUGCCUCCUUUUGUUGUUACUAUGUCAUUUAUACCUUCUUUUAAUGUUUUGAGCGGUUGCUUUUUUUCACUCAAUUUUAUUGUAGUUGCCACCCUUUGAAUUUUAAUAAAUUACGUUUCACAGCUCCUUUAAAGCGGUGAUUAUGCGAGACAUUGUAUCCGUCGAGAGACAGCGAUUGGUAUAGAUAAAGGUGCAUAAGUGCACGUUAGAAGAAAGAGGGAAUUGUGAAAUGUAAUAAUCAUAAUAAUAAUAAUGAUGAUAAUAGUAAUAAUAACAAUAAUAAUAAUAAUAAUAACGACAAAACUAACUAUUAAAACCUAUUUACAAUUAAUUUCGCUAAAGAAGAAAAAAAGUAUUCAGUCAAAGUACUAUUAACAAGUCAUUUCAUUUCAUAAGCUCCUGUUCAUUUCGAUUAAAAAAAAAAUUGAUUUCAAUUAAAAAAGAAAUCAUUUCAAUUAAAAACACUUCAUUUCGAUUAAAAAUGACAUAAAAAUAUUAAAAAGAUCCUAAAAUACUAAUAGCGUUUAAGCGGCAAUCAUCAAUAAAAUACCUUUGUGGAAUUUUUGUGGAAGGGUGUCCUGAAACCUCUUACGCAUGUGUGUACCGACCUUAAAAUCUCAAAAGAAAGCAAUGUUUUAAUCCAAGUAAUAGUAAUGUGAUAAGUUCCUCAUUCUUUUCUGAGAGCUUCUCGGCUAGGCGUUUGAGAAAGCAGUUGCCGUCGGCUCCCAUACCACCGUUGGUUCCAAAAACAAAGUCCAGUACCCUCUGCUGGUACUUCCGCUUUUUCUCCUUCUCCUGCUCCUUAAAGAUUGUGGAUGUUGUUUUUCCCUGAUUACACUUGGAGUUAACAUGCGUUACUCUGACAUCAGAAAAUGCUGUAACUCCACGAGACGAAAAGCCCCCCUGUCUUGAAGUCCAGUCUUGCCACGGGACUUGUUACCGCGCUUCUGAGGUUGAGUCGCUCAUUAUCAAAAGGUUGUAGUUGUGGUUCGACUUCAACGUUGGUGCAAACCUUACCAAUAAGUGAGGUAAGUAGGUUGCGAAUACCAUCGUGUCUUUGCGCCACGAACCCUCCCUUGCACUGCGGUAAGCCAUGCGCUCGCACCCUUGUCUCUCGAUUGGUUAAACGACCGCAGCAGAUCCGAGGGUAGAGUGGAAUCAAUACUUUCCUUUCUCGAUUUCGCCGACGCAGUUUUCAACUCUUGAAGCUGUCUUUUUAACUCCUCCGUGGAAUUCCCGCCUACCACCAUGAACAUGCUCUGAAUCUACGUGCGAUGCUGUUAUUGACGUAGAAGCAGCAAACUGCUGUGGACCUUCAAACCGUAAUAAUAAUGAUGAUGAUAAUAAUAAUUUUCUUAUUUCAGCACGGUUAAAACUCAUCAGGAUUACAUAGAUAAAAAGCAGAAAACAAGUUGCAAUAUCUUUUUAUCAAUAUAAUACAGGAGAACUCACAUUCUUACGAACAAAUGAAAUAAAAAAAACAGAGAGUGCCGUGCCUUAGUUAAAGUAACGUCUACAGCCAACCCGAAAACUCUCUGAAGGGUUUGAGCUUGCCGGAACUCCAUUGGAAGACUAUUUCAGAGCACCACCCCAGCAUACGGCUGAAGCUCCUUUUUUUUUAAAUUCAGUUCGAGGAAGCGAAAUGCAAAGUUGGCCCUCUGUGUUUCUUAAUGAAUUGGUUGAUACGCUGCCACGGUCCACAAAUUUAGAACAGAGAUAAUCAAGGCCGUUAAGUGAUUUAUAGCUCUUUGAACCUCUCGUUGGAAAUCCAGUUUUUCUUUCACCCAAGAAGUUUAAAAAGAUAGUCGGCACUAGUGUCAAAGCUGGAAAAAGUCAAAACCCGUACCACCCGCUUUUGUAGUUUUGGUAAUUUGGCAUCAAGGGUCUUACACCAAUUACUCCAAAUCGCACUGCAGUAAUCAAAAUGAGGUUGAAUCAAUCAUGAACUGCAGGGUACUGAGAGAGGCAAAAGGUCGAAUACGUUUUAGGGCCCCAAUACUGGAGGCAAUUUUCGUUGAUAAAAUUUCUCGAUAUGUUCAUUUCAAGACAGAGUUUCGUCAAUUAGCACUCCAAGUGACUUCGCACACGAGACUUGUUUAGUAGAAGCACAAUUAAUUGACAGAGAUGAGAUGGGGCAGUCUCGAUAUUCUUUAAUAUUCGCCUGGAGCCUAUCAAGAACAUAAACUCUGUCUUGGAUUCAGAUUCAGUUUGUUAGCAAUGAGCCAAUCACUGAUACUAACUAGAAAUAUACGUUAUGCAAAAUCCUCGGUAAGCUUUAAAGGAUCAGCAGUGGGAAUAAAGGAAACAAGCGAAAGGGAAAAAAAUAAUCAAAAAAACUAAAAAGAAAAACAAAAAUGUACAAAGUCUAGAAGUAUAACUUCCCCGGGAUUCGAACUCCCUCCCUCCGAAACUUGGAUUCUUGACCACUGCACCAAGCAGCCACUGAAUAAUUGUUACGCUCGUCUGGAUUUUUUAUGGAGGAUACCUCCCAAGUUUGAGCAUUAACUACGUCGGCAUGAGUAAGUAUAUGGCAAAAAGUUACCACAACGUUUUAUAUAAAGAUGAAAAUUUCUUAUGAUCGGGGUUUUAUUGCAAGCGGAGUAGCCAUGGCAAUGUAAUGACGCCAUUUUGUUUUUUAUUUAUUUUUAUCUUUGUGUUUCUCUGUACCAGGAGUUUUUUUUAAGCUUAAGGGAGUAUAUACCUGUCCUAAUUGCCUCAAUUAUGGCAAAGUUUGAAAAAAUUAUAUUAGAGCGUUUUCGAAAUUAAUAUUUUGAAACGAAGUUUUAAAAAUCAUAAGUGAAAUAACAUGGUAUCCACACAAUUAGCUAAUAUCUUAUUAAAUAAUAUAAGAAAAUGAUAAGUUUUGGAAACGCGGCUUCAUGCUUUAUCUCAUAGUGGUUUUAUUCCAUUGAAAACUGCGUACAAAAAAAGACGGGAAUUGCUCUGGGCGAUCGCGAGUAAGAAGAAUUUUAUUUACUUGCAUUCAGCGCGGCUUUUGCUACACAGUUUUUGCGCGUAAUUUUGUCCAUUCCCGGCUACUAUUUCGCAUUUUUCAAAAAAACCGCUGGAUAAUUUUUUUUAUAAAUUUGACAAUCUCGACAUCAAUUGUCAAUAAAUAUACCCUGCAAGUUUUAAGAACAUUGAAAACAGGGAAGGCUUUUAAAUAGGACCUCAAUUAUAACCAAUUUUUCCCCAAAAUUUUGUGUUUACAAGUGAGCGUCUUUUUUUAUUCACUGGCAUUGUUUCAAGUUUCUGCAUAUGCUCGUGCACAUUUAGCAAAAAGAUAGCAUUUGUAUAAAAAAAGACCCUGGGUUAAAUCUCCGGAAUAUGCUAAUAACUGAGUAAAGAAAUAGUGAUACAUUAUAACAUCACAGCAACACUAGGUAAGAGUUUCUGUGAUGUUAUAACCCGAGUAAGAUAAUUAAGUAUUGCACCCUACACGAUGAAACGGGACGUUAACCGUUUCGGCUCUCACUGUUAUCUGUAACACAAGCCAAUUAUUAGCUUAUUCCAGAUAUUUCUUUGGAAAGUAAUCAAGAGUUCUUUUUGAUGCAAAUUUAUUUCUUUGCUAGUUGUGCACGUGCAUAUGAAACUUGAAAACAAUGCCAGUGAAUAAUGAGGACACUUACUUGUAAACACAAAAUCUGGGAGAAAAAUUGGUUAUAUUUGAGAUACUCGAGUCCUAUUUAAAAGCCUUCCCUGUUUUCAAUGUUCUUGUAACUUGCAGGGUAAAUUCAUCGACAAUUUAUCUCAGGAUUGUCAAAUUUAUUAAAAAAAAUUAUCGGCGGUUUUUUGAAAAAUGCGAAAUUUGAAGUAAUGGACCAAAUUACUUGCAAAAACUGUAUCAAAAGCAGCUGAAUGCAAGUUAAUAUAGAAUUCUUCUUACUGGCGAUCGCCCAGAGCAAUUCCGCUCGUCUUUUGUACGCAGUUUUCAAUAGAAUCAAACCACUAUGAGAUGAAGCCGUGUUUCCAGAACUUACCAUUUUCUUAAAACAUUAGCUAAUUGUGUGGCUAGCAUACUUUUUCACCAUUCUUAUGAUUCUUAAAACUGCGCUUCAAAAUAGUUCAAAAACGCUCUCAUAUAAUUUUUCAAACUUUGCCAUAAUUGAGGCAAUUAUGGCAGGUACAAACUCCCUUAAGCGAUUUCUUUAAAAAUCUUCCGGUACAGAGAAACACAAAGAUAAAUAAAAAAUGUCAUGGCGUCGUUACGUUGCCAUGGCGACUCCGAUUGCAAUAAAACCCCGAUCAUAAGAAUUUUCCAUCUUUAUAUAAUACAGUUGUGGUAACCUUUUUCCCACAUCUUUACUCAUGCCGACGUAGUUAAUGCUCUAACUUGGGAGGUAUCUACCAAAAAAAUCCAGUCGAGCCACUUUAAAGCAAUGCUCUUUGCCGUGAACGUUGUUUGAAGUUGGCGGAGCUGCAUUUAUCAUGAAUUCAACGAUACAUUUGAGGAAAGUUAGGUUAAAGGCGUAUUUCGUAUUUUCUCGCCUAACGGCUCGUGAAAUUACGUAAAACAAUUUCGAAAUAUCAAUCGUGGUAUUUACGCCAAAUAUCACUACAAAUCAUGCUAUUAACUAUACUAAUUCACUCUCGGGUUCAACUGCGGAUGGACUCGGUACGGAGUUGAAGCCAGUCUUUAAUUUGAUGAAUCGGUCACAUCGAUCGGCGGGCAAAGAACGAAUUCAUUGUUGGUUUGGCUCAGUGUAACACGACUUCAAAGGUACAGAAGUUAGGGAAAAGUAAGGUUUCGAAGGUUUAAAAAGCCGAAGAACGCACUUUUAAAUAAAACAUGAUAGUGCACCACAGCAUUUGCAUUCACCCUUAAAGUAGCGUUGCCUGGCAACCCUAAAAUGCACCUAAGAGAUCUAUAAAAAUAUUCGCAACUCGAGUUUCCGCCUCGCUGAGCGAUCAACGCGCGAGGCGCGCGAGAAAUUCACAAACCUCGCUUCGGUCAGAAUAAGAUCUUGAUUUAGAUAAAGGUCAAUACACUCGAUAUUAUUAGAAGCAGAGGUUAGAUGAGUGUCAUCUGCAUACAUACGAGGCUGACAAUGGGAAAGACAAUUUGGGAGGUCGUUAAUAUAAAUAAGAAACAGUAGAGGCCCCAAGGUUUGUUCCCUGAGGAAUGCCGCAGCGAACAGUUGUCAGACAACCAUUCACGAAGCAUUUUGAUUACGAUCACUUAGAUAGGACUUAAACCUAUCAUUGGAAAAACCUAGAAUGUCGUAUUCAUAUAGUUUUGAUAAAAGGAUGCCCUUGUCGAUGUUAAAAGCCCAAUUGUCGGUAGCCUCGAGUAGAGCAGUGACAGUCGAGUGAAGCUGACGGAACCCUGACUGGUGACUAGAAAGUAAAUUAUUAACGGUUUAAAAGUGUGUGAAGACCUGAUCGUAAACUAUUCUUUCCAUUACAUUCGCCACAACAGAAAUAAUUGAGAUUGGACGAUAGUUUUGUGAGGAAUCAAUUUAAAAAACACCUCCAAUCAUCAGCAAGAACACCAGAGAUAAUACAGCGAUGAAGAUGGAACAAAGAUAGGGUGCAAUCAGGUCAGCACAUUCACGAAGCAGUCUCACAGAGAUCUGAUCCAGGCCAGUAACUUUAGGUUGACUCAAUUCAGAUAAAAAUGAAUAAACAAUAGCUACAUCCGGCGUUUGUUUCAGCACGAAGUAAUUUUCAUCAUCAAGAUAAAGACUGAGAUAUUCUAAGAGAGAACUAUUACCAUUGGGUGUGACGCUAGCUAACUUUAGCUCGAUACUAGUCAAGUGGCAAUUAAGGGUUUCGGCUAACUCCUGUGCAUCAACAAUAGAAUGGCCAUUCAUUUUUAUCCUAUUUACACUCGAAUUAGUAGGUUUUCUUGCUUAAAGCUCAUUCACGAUUCUCCAGGCCGUUCGUGGUUCCCCUAACUUGAAAUGCAUUAUCGUCGCCCAAUCCUUUGGCCCUUUUAAUUUCAGUAUUUACAGAAUUGCGGCAUUCUUUUUAAUUUAACCAGUCUCUAGAGGAAUUUGAAAGCACAGCAGAGCUUUUUGUUUGAAGGUAUCUCGUUCAUACGUGUGUUGUUUGAGCUGAAAAGUUUUCCAAGGUGAACUUUUAGCCCGAACACGUUUACGUUUAGAACACAAAAGAGCAUGCUUGUCCACAACCUUAAUAAAAACAUCUCUUUCCAAGCACGCCACAUAUCAUUUAGAUUAUCGAAGUGAUCUAUACAACCCCAAUGCCGUGAAUUUUGAAAUAUCAUUCCGAAAACGUCGUGUGUCGAACAAAAGCAUCGAAAAUAAGCAUUUAAACUUUCUGUAAGUCAGUGCGCAUGCGUGCGUGAUGGUCUGAUCGCGUUCUAUCUCCUUGCUAGAUAAAAGGGAGGUUCAAUUCAUUUUGCUAAGCAAGCUAAUUGCUUUUUUCCCGCCAGUUUUACGUUUUUGCCGUCGAUUUGAUCCAACCUCCUUUAGUUUUCCUCAAGAAAGUAUCUUUGCUAGGCUAGGAUCGGAGUGUUCAUUUUAUGUUACCCUCAAACGAGGGUAGCCUCUCACGCAGAUCCUGGGGUCACCAAUUAUUGGCGAACAAACCCCGCCCCAACGUGGCGAAGGAACGCGUGACGAACCCCUAAGAACGUCUGCGUGGGAGGCUAACACGAGGCUUGAAAUCAUAGGUUUCUAUUAUCAGCAUUGUUCUGUUUAGGGGUUUUAGAUACUAGUUGGGUAGAUUGAUCCUAGUACUCAUUCUAAAAAUCCCGGUAAAAAUUUCCCUCGCCUAUAGCUACCGUCUCGUUUAAUCCACUCAACUGACUCAGUGUAAUCUCUUUUUAAUUAGCUGUGAUAACUACAAGUGACAUCAAUCUGAACUAUGUCAGUCUACUCUUCAAGGACUUGACCACGAUGAAACAGUACGUCAUGAUGGCACAAACUGGCACAAGCGGCAAUAUAAACAUAGAGGCUGUGGUAAAGUUAUUUGUGAUUAAUUUAACAUGACUUUCGUUGCCAAUAAAGAAUGAAGAUGAUGUGAACUGCAGAAAUACAAUUUUAAUUGAAGAUAUGAUCGUUGGUAAUUGCAAUUAAAAUAAUUGCAAAUAAACCAAAACAAAACUUCGGGACUUAGAGCUGUAAGCCAUAGGUUGGAAGCAGGCCAAAUUGUUGAGUUCAUCUUAACCCUUGAAAGGAAUUAAACAUAGAAUGAAGAUGAUGUGAACAAAAGGAAAUAUAAAUUUAAAUAAGAGAUAUGAACGUCACCUAUGUUGGGUACUCUUAAUUUUGCCACUGUCACGCUCCUAUAAUGCAAUUUCUCCGUGGCACAAAAUCUUGCACAAGUAUUGUUUUCAAUUUCUCCAAAGAACCAACAAUCGUCCGACGGUGGGAAACACAACUUAUAUAAUGGUCCAAGGCAGUUUCAACUAUGGGCCGAACAACAGUGCGACAAUGUCAUAUGGCGCGAAUUAUUAAUAUGAUUAGACUUUGGGUCAAAACGAAGUUCAUUCAGCACUAAUAUUAGACAGGUAGAGGUCCGGUGGAGAAACCGAUCAAUUUUCGAAAGGAAUAAUACGUUGUAAAUAAACGUUUCGUCUAAGAAAUAUUGAAAGAGGGACCGAACAACAAUGCAACAAUGUCAUAUGGCGCGAAUUAUUAAAAAAAUUAGACAUUGGGUCAAAACGAAGUUCAUUCAGCACUAAUAUUAGACAGGUAGAGGUCCGGUGGAGAAACCGAUCAAUUUUCGAAAGGAAUAAUACGUUGCCCCCUGACUCUCUGUUUUUUUUUUUUUUUUUGCGGGGGGACGGGGGAACGGAAGGACCUAUAUACCGUAAAUUAUUGAAGUCGUUUCAAACACCGCGGGGAAUGGGGGGGGGGGGGGGGCUGGUUUACUUCAAGCCCAUUUGAGGGAGUGUUAACAGAGACGGGAGGCUUAUUUGAGAGGGGGAGGGCUUGUUUGAUUUAGAAACGACGAUGGUAUCAGUUCUCCAUAAAGAACUAGAAUACAAAGUGGAAAAGCUCAAGUACAAGACGUUUGGAGGUCAUUCUAGCAGCAAAUUAAAGGAUCAGAAUCAAAUCGGAACUUCCAGUUGGUAAAUAAACCAUCCGAGAGUAGUCCACACGAAGUUUUGCAGUCAUAAUUGAUUAAUACAGUCCAUCAUUUCUUAGUGGAGAAAAAUUAGGAGAGGGGAGGGGGGGGGGAAGCUCAUUGAGGGGGAGGGGCUUAAUAAAGGAUUUACGGUACUGUGGCUUCAGCCCACUGAAUAAAAAACUGUGUUUAGUGGGAUUCACUAGGUAGACGUGCUGUGCGAUACCCUCCCCACCCCCAUGAAAACAACUGUAUCCCUAGCCUCCCACAGACACAUACUAACCACUGGCUAAUGAACGUACAUUUUCCUAAUCUUAAGAUGAAAAGCGAAGUUGUCAGUAAGUAUAAACAGUGUGUUAAUACUCAUGCCAUUUUAUCGUCUUCAUAUAUGUGAAAUACUUAGAUUAAGUAAUGGUGCUGGCAGGGUUUCAGAGUUUACACUCCUUAUAAGCUAGGCUUUUGACACAUUAAUAGUCUUUAUUAUUAUUAUUAUUAUUAUUAUUAUUAUUAUUAUUAUUAUUAUUAUUUAUUAUGUCUACAUUUCAGGAAACUUCCUCUGACUCAGGACCGUAUCCCGACGAAGCAAAAUUUGCACCUGACCACUUUUGGAGUUAUACCAUUUUCCGGAACAAGUUCUACAACCAAAAGUACUUGGGCUGUGAUGGCACUGGCAACAUGACACUGGUGGAUAUGGCCUUUCUACAUUAUCCAAAUCCCCAAGCUCUGUUUAUUCUGAACAAAGUUCCAGAUUCACUCACAAAGUAG